AUGGAUUUGAAUGCUCAAAAUUUAUCGAAUCGUCCACCUGGACCACUUGUUAAUACGCAAGGCCACAUCAGUGUUGAGGCAGCUAGAGUUGUCAACUCUUACUUUCACAACUUGCUUAAAACUGACCAGUCAGAAUUCUCGCCCCGACUUACAGUGCAGGAAAGCGACUAUGACAACCAACCAUUCAUUGGAAUCAGCGACACAUACAUGGAUCAUGUCCGUUCAGGUGGCAUUGUUAUAUCUCAAGGCAAACUUAAAUCCAUAUCCGGAAAUAUUGCGAAUUUGACCCCAUCUGGGGAGCAAAUCGACGACAUUGCGGCAGUUGUUCUAGCCACAGGAUUCAAAGCAUCAGCUUCGCUUUCCUUCCUGUCUGAGGAUAUUCAACAAAAAUUAUCAAUUGCCCCAAACGAUCUCAACAAUACCGUCGCUCUGGCAUUCCAUAGCACGCACCAUCCGGAAGUUCCCAAUCUGGGGUUUGUUGGGUUUUACCGCUCUCCUUACUGGGGUGCGAUCGAGAUGCAAGCACGAUUUGUGACCACUUUGUUCAGUUAUGGUGGCCCAUCAUCCCCUUCAUUACCUGCCAAACUGGCAGAAUCCUUGAAGAAUGAUACAUCAAUCGAGAGGGUUUUCUCCUUAAGAACAGACCCAAGGGCCUCGCAGUUUCCAAUGGGUGAUUAUGCAUGGUUAUCAGAGGAGUUUGGUAGAGCUCUGGAUAUUGAGAAAGUACCAUCCCUAACCAAGAUGCCCAUCUUACCGCCUAAAAAUAAAGAAAUGAAUAUUUUAACAGCGGCAAGAUAUCCUGGCCGCAAUCUUGACGAAACCCGAAGGAAACAAAAUGAAAAUAACUUGAUCGUGACGGAAGAGGUUGUCACAGCAGGCCUGACACAGGGGAGAUUUGUUGCACGCGCCGUGUUCCGCUCACUACUUGGAGAGUGGAAAUUGGAUCGCCAGCUCGUAAGCAAGAAACCUGAGCAGCCCAGUGGUAGGUUUAUUGGAACUGCCACAUUUUCAUUAAGAAAUGGUACAUCACAUGGAAGGGAGGAAGAGUUUGCAAACAUUGAACAAGAAGGCGGUGAUCAGGGAUUCGAAUAUUUAUACGUUGAGAAUGGGGAGUUCGUAGAUGACGCCAAUGGAUUGAGAUUUAACGCAACAAGGCGAUAUAUUUGGCGAUAUAACGAGAGGAAGGAUAAGUUGAGUGUCUGGUUUGUUAAGACCGACGAAGAUCGUACGGCAGAUUAUCUAUUUCAUGAGAUAGAUUUCAUACCGCCGGGCGAGGGAGGGAAGGGAGAGGACGGGUGGAAGGCUAUUGGGAGUCACUUGUGCAUAGAAGACAUGUAUAAUGUCCAGUACAAGUUUUCCUUUAGUUCUGUAAAUCUGAAGCAGUGGAGACUAGGGUAUAGCGUCAAUGGACCUAGGAAGGACUACAGCAUAGAUGGAGUAUAUAGAAGAUAG